GACAAUUCUAAUAAAACGAUUAUGGAAAAAAUGUACUUGCUGAUCAAAUAUUUAUUACUGUACAAAAUGGGACAUUAUCACUAUGGCCCCGGACAUCCCAUGAAACCUCAACGUAUUUCCGUUGUGCACAGUUUGCUGUUAAGCUAUGGUUUGCAUAAAUUCAUGAAAGUAAAUGCUAUCGAUAUGUGUCGCUUUCAUGCAGAGGAGUACGUAAACUUUCUUCAGCGUAUAACACCGUUGAACGCCGCACAGUACUGUCAUUACUUUAGUCAGUUCAACAUCGGCGAUGACUGUCCUGUCUUCGAUGGAGUCUUUGAAUUCUGUUCAUUGUACACCGGAGCUUCUUUAAACUGUGCGCAUCAGCUAAAUCAGGGACGCUGUGACAUCGCCAUAAAUUGGUCAGGCGGUUUACACCAUGCGAAAAAAUCAGAGGCGUCUGGAUUCUGCUACAUCAACGACAUCGUUAUCGCAACGUUGGAGUUACUGAAGUACCACCCUCGAGUGUUGUACGUCGACAUCGACAUUCACCACGGCGACGGUGUGCAGGAGGCGUUCUAUUUGACCGAUCGAGUCAUGACGCUCUCCUUUCAUAAGUUCGGAAGCUACUUUUUUCCAGGCACCGGUGACAUGUAUGAAACCGGCGCUGAUACAGGCAAGUACUAUGCUGUUAACGUACCGUUGUUAGAAGGAAUCGAUGACCAAAGCUACCACUCGAUCUUCCAACCAGUCGUCAAGGCCGUCAUAGACUGGUACCAGCCGACGUGCAUUGUCAUGCAGUGUGGUGCUGAUUCACUGGGGCUCGACCGACUUGGUUGCUUCAAUUUGAGCUUCAAAGGUCAUGGUGAAUGCGUACGCUUUGUCAAGAAGUUUAACAUUCCAAUGCUGGUCGUUGGUGGAGGCGGUUACACGGUUCGUAAUGUUGCGCGUUGCUGGACAUAUGAAACUUCCGUGCUGUUGGAUCAGGAAAUUCCAAACGACAUUCCAGAUACUACAGAAUACUGGGAAUUCUUCGCUCCUGACUUUGCUCUUUGUCCUGAGUUGCCCAGACGUCAAGGAAAUCAAAAUUCAAAGGAGGUAAAAAUUUACUUGAUUUUAUAUGUUGUUUUUUGUCAUUUUCGUCCGAGGCUAACAGGGCUUAGGCAGCAGAAUAACCAAGAUUUUUGA